UCAACUACCUACAAUGAACAGCAACUGCCUGAUCCAAAGCAUAAAACAAUUUAAUUGCAUUACUGUGAAAAGAUAUUGCAUGUCUAGUACUGAGGGGAAUCUUGAUUUUGAAUGCAUUCGAAUGUGUAUUUUGUGAUUUCAAAGGCUAUUUUUAAAAAAGUCUAUAAUUGCUAAGAUUUAGAAUGGUUUGAAUAAAAUUACCAAAUAUAAUUUCUAAGCCUCACUUUGUUGUCUUUCAUGUACAUUUAUCUAUUAAGUAUUUUGGUACUGAUGAAAAUUAACUUAUUGAAGUAACAAAGUCAUGAAAAGUAUGAUGAUUUUCAUCAUAUUUUUCGAAAGAGCUUUGAAAACUGUUCUACUUAUGUGGUAUAAAAAAUGGUGAUCCUUUAGUAAUGUUCACGUCUUUCACUGGCCAUACCUGUCAAUCAAUAUCAGCCAAUGAACAAGCGUGUGAGUGUUAUCACGAUCACUGAUUGGUCAAUUGCUGAUUGACAAAAGGAUUUGGCCACUUAAAGUGCCCCUUCACCUUGGAGGGAGUUUAUGAAAACAAAAGACCAAUGAACAUAGGAAGUUAGAAAACCAUUUUUCGUUGUGUAAUUGUAAAGAAAUUCAGAAAUAUAGGGGUUUUAUUUCACACCCCUCGCGAUGCAGUACCGCGUUUUAAGGGUGGACUGGGAAUGAGCCUUAGCUACGUCAUACCGGGAACCCAUAUUGGAAUCGUAUCUCGACGAAGACCGUGUCUGUGCGUACUUUGUUGAAUCUUUCCAAUAUUUUACCAUGUCUUCUUCCGAAAGCGAUGUGUCUAAUGCGAAUGGUAGUUAUGAUUAUGAGUCUGAAGAGAAUUAUGCUAUAGAGGUUGAGGGAAACGAGGAAAUAGGUGCCGCCGCGGCCGCUGAUGUCGAUUCAAGUACGGACGAUGAUAAUGGCCUACUCGAAUACGAUCCUGUUGCGGACGAAGAGUACGUUCGAAAUUAUGAAAGGGCUAUUCAGGAAAGUCGAGAAGAAGAAAACAUCUUAUCGAGACGUUUUGAAGGCAUUGAACAACUGGACUCUUGGUGCAAAUGUGGAAACUGUGCUAUAGACAGACUUGCCAAUGCUAGAGAAUGCAAAUGCUGCACUGAAAUUAAAGGUUGUAUAUCAUCAUUGACAACUGUAGAAGUAAGGCAAGAUAUUGGCGAACAGACUCCAACAUGUGUGGUUGAGCACCCUGGGUUUAAACCAGUGUGCCUCAAUAAAUGGUCCUUAGGGGUGAUAGCACAGAGCUUUAAAAAAAAAGACAAAACAAGAUACAAGCGUACUGGAUUUGAAAAUAAGUUCCUACGAAGUAUCUCAUACAGAUCCUUCACGAGGUUGAUACACGGUCGCCUUGGAAACAAAAGAAUUCCCUUGCCGGCCUGUGCAUAUAAUGCAAUUCGACAAGAAUUUCCAGUUUUGGCAGGAAAUGCAAAGGGGUUUGAGAGUAAUAGUUCAGAGUAAAUCUGAGUUUCCAAAAGUAAAUUCUUCUCCCUGAUACUUUGAUACCUUUCUCAACCAUACAAUUUUAAUGUUAUUUAUUGGUUGGACAGUCGACUUUCUUGUGUCCUUUCAUCGGAUGCUUACAAACAGAGCAUUGAGGCUUUGAUCUUUGCUUUGUUGCAGUUUGUACAAUUUGGUUAACUGUCAUGAAAAAGAAGAAGUUUCUUAAUGCUAAGAGGUACAUUGUAUGUAUCUGAUUGUAUGUAUGUAACAUAUUUUUGCUCUGCAAAUCAGGAUUAUACAGCAUGGAUUAAGAAAGAUGCUUUUAUCAUUAUAAUAUGAUUUUAA